UAUUCACUGGAUUUCAGGCAGUCGAUACAGAAGCACACAACUUCCAAGCAAACUGAUUUAGAAACUUUCUCCAAAUACCGUGAUGGUGAGCCAGACGGCGAUUUCAGUCGCUGCCUUCCUGCAGAUGUGGGGCAAGACCUUCUUCGUGGACCAGCCGAUGGACGAGUGCUCGCCGGCUCCUUCGGUGGGUGCCACCAUCUUCCUGGCGGCCAUGUUGCUGCUGAUUUGGGAGUGCAACAUCCUGCCGAAACUCUAUCGGCAGCGUGCCCCGUAUGUCUUUGUCGUAGUUGAUAUCCUGGUCACUGUCUUCGUCAUGGAAGUGAUCAUCCAGCUGGGCUGGUGUAACUACGAGCGGAUCACCCACAGAAUGGUGAGUAUGGUCUGCUGCAACAAGGUGUGGUGCGAAUACGGAUUGAUGGCCACCAUCACCACUGUGGGUGCUUUUGCCUCACUUUGCGUGGUGGUUGAGGUGGUGUGUCCCGCCAGGAUUAAGGACUCACUGGGUGAGGUUCUGGACAUCCUGCCAAUUCCAGAGAGCGCCGAAUCAUUGAUCAAUUACGUCCAGGAUGUGCGCAGUUACGUUAUGGGAGCCAUUUACUUUAGCCAGUUGACCAGGAAGCAGCCUUUAGCCGUUCGAGCCUUUGAACUUCAAGUGCGAAACUCUAUGAUCCACAAAAACAAGCAGUCGAAGGAGGAACAGGAGAAAAAGGACGAAAAUCCCAUACAGGAAUCAGUGGAAAAUUUGGAAGAGGAGCAGCCAGCGGAGCUGAAGGAAGAUCUGGAAAAAGAGCAAUCAGCAAAGCUGGAGGAAAAUAUAGAACAAGAGCAAUUAAAGGAGUUGCAAGGAAAUCUGGAAAAGAAUACACUGAAACUAGAGGAUCUGCAGGAUCUGCUGGACUUACAUGCUGACGAGUAGCAGACGUCACAGUUGGAUCAAAAAUCGUUCAUUCCAAAGCGUAAAUUGUUUAUUAUUUAUACAAAUUUAUGCCAGCAGCUGUUGCUAUCGCCAAGCCUUA